CACGACGACGCGAAACACCGGAAGCGGCCUUCGGGCCCGCCUCCUGGCCCCCGGAGCCGGAAGUUAGGCGUCUGCUGCCGGAGCGCAGCCCUCGGCGGGCUCGCCGCACCAUGCUCCGGCAUCCCGGCCGCCUCCUCGGGGCCUCCGUAGCGCCCGGCGUGGCCCUGGCUGCGGCGUUGCUGUCGUCGCUCGCGCGCUGCUCUCUCCUGGGGCCUAGCGACCCGGCGGCCUCGGUGUUGAGCCCCUACUUCGGUACCAAGACUCGCUACGAGGAUGUCAACCCCGGGUUGGUCCUGGACCCCGAAGCUCCGCGGCGGGAUCCGGAGUUGCUGGACGGCACCUGCACCCCCGUGCAGCUGGUCGCCCUCAUCCGCCAUGGCACCCGUUAUCCCACGGCUAAACAGAUCCGCAAGCUGAGGCAGCUGCACGGGCUGCUGCAGGCCCGCGGCCCCGGCGAUGGCACGGGCGGACGCGACCUGGGCGCCGCGCUGGCCAACUGGCCGCUGGAGUACGCGGACUGGAUGGACGGGCAGCUGGUGGAGAAGGGGCGGCAGGACAUGCGGCAGCUGGCGCUGCGUCUGGCCUCGCUCUUCCCGGCCCUCUUUAGCCGGGAGAACUACGGCCGCCUGCGGCUGCUCACCAGCUCCAAGCACCGCUGCGUGGACAGCGGCGCCGCCUUCCUGCAGGGGCUGUGGCAGCACUACCACCCCGGGUUACCGCCGCCCGACGUCGCAGAUAUGGAGUGUGGGCCUCCGAGGAUUAAUGAUAAACUGAUGAGGUUCUUUGAUUAUUGUGAAAAAUUUUUAACUGAAGUGGAAAGGAAUGCUACGGCUCUUUACCACGUAGAAGCCUUCAAAACUGGACCAGAAAUGCAGAAGAUUUUAAGAAAAGUUGCAGCUGCUUUACAAGUUCCAGUAAAUGAUUUAAAUGCAGAUUUAAUUCAGGUAGCUUUUUUCACCUGUUCAUUUGACCUGGCAAUUAAAGGUACUAAGUCUCCUUGGUGUGAUGUUUUUGACAUAGAUGAUGCAAAGGUAUUAGAAUAUUUAAAUGAUCUGAAACAGUACUGGAAGAGAGGACAUGGUUAUACUAUUAAUAGUCGGUCCAGUUGCACGUUGUUUCAAGAUAUCUUUCAGCACUUGGACAGAGCAGUUGAGCAAAAACAGAGGUCUCAACCAAUUUCUUCUCCAGUCAUUCUCCAGUUUGGUCAUGCAGAAACUCUUCUACCACUGCUUUCUCUCAUGGGCUACUUCAAAGACAAGGAACCCCUGACAGCUUAUAAUUAUAAGGAACAAAUGCACCGGAAGUUCCGAAGUGGCCACAUUGUACCUUACGCCUCGAACCUGAUCUUUGUGCUUUACCAUUGUGAGAAUGCUAAGACUCCUAAAGAAGAAUUCCAAGUGCAGAUGUUACUGAAUGAAAAGGUGUUACCCUUGGCUCACUCGCAGGAGACUGCUUCUUUGUAUGAAGAUCUGAAGAACCAUUAUAAGGACAUCCUUCAGGGUUGUCAGAACAGUGAAGAAUGUGAAUUACCGAAGGUGAACAGCACAUCUGAUGAGCUGUGAGCAACUGAAGAAAACUUGUAAAUCUUAAGCAAACUGUAGGGGUGAUUACAUGCUUAAGAGGUAGGCAAUCCGUUGAUUGCAAAAAGCUUUCACAUUUUUUUCCAUAGAAAAAAAUUGGGGGAGGGUGUCUGGACAAUAUAUGUAAGAAAUGAUUCUUCACUGGAGCAGCUCUUUUAAGGGGAAACAUAUCUGUCCCAGGCAACAGCUGGCACUGCAGAUGUUAACAGAAAUAAAAUUCUUCCUGCUUACAUAGGAAACCUCACACUGAGAUAAAUUGUGAUUUCAAAUGAUACUUGAAAAAAACCUUUAGUAGCAAAGUAAAAUGCUAAUUUGCAACUGGUCACGUGGUUGAACUGAACCUGGGGACUUUACCAAAUGUGCUACAGUUUGCAUUUUCCCCUCAGGUAGGACAGUUGCAGUAUUAAUUGUCUUUAUUAUUCAGAAAUAUUUUGAUUAUAAGCAUAGCAUCACUUGGGAAGAAAACAUUUUUGUAGAUGAGAAUUUGAAACUAUUAUAAAACAGUCUGAUUUCAAGAUAUGUUCACUGAAGCAAGAUAAAAAAUAUUUUUGUUGCUACUAUUUAUAAAAUACUGCGGUACUUUUUCAGUUAUUUCCUUAAGCUUCUAGUAAGUCUUGAAAAGUUGUCAUAGAUUACCAUACAGCUUUUACAUAUAUAGCAAUGGAAGGACCAACAGAACCAGUAACAAGUCAGAUGGAUGGAAUGAAAACUUUUAAAAUUGUUGCUUAGCUAUCUUGUUAUCACAUUGCUCUCUGGCUUUGUAUUUUGUUAUAUGAGAUGUAUUUUUGGUUGGUUGGGGAUUUUUUUUUCCAAUAAAAACUUCAUUAUGGCUUGCUUUGUUUUCAUGAAAUUGAGCCUAUUUUGAAGAAAUAGUUGAGUUGUGUCAAAUACCAUGAGAUCUGUUUGCUGUAAUAAAAUUCUUAUGACUUUA